AUGUCGCGGAAAGUCAACAAGUUUGACCCCAAUAUGGACUUGCAAUGGACGGAUGAAAUUUCUGAAUGCCCUGUAUAUCGUCCGUCCAAGGAGGAGUUUGAUGAUCCAUUUCUUUAUCUGCAAAAUAUUGCCCCUCAAGCUUCCAAAUAUGGAAUUUGUAAGAUAGUGUCUCCUAUAAAUGCUCGUGUUCCGGCCGGAUUCGUGCUGUCGAAAGAGAUGAAAGACUUCAAGUUUGAAACUAUUGUCCAACCUCUCUGGCUCAGUGCUUGGGAUGUCAAUGACAAACUCACCUUCUUUAGGAGAGGAAGAAAAUAUACGUACCGCGAAUUUGAGAGUAUGGCAAACAAGGCAUUUAUUCGCCGGUUUCGUUGUUCUGGUUGUCUUCCCUGUGCUGCCAUAGAAAAGGAAUUCUGGCGUGAAAUGGUAUGUGGGAGAAAAGGCACGGUUGAGUAUGGCCUCAAUGUUGAAGGAAGUGCCUUCUCAUCUGAUCCUAACGACCCUUUUGAAAACAGCAAAUGGAACUUGAAGAAUCUCUCACGGCUUCCCAAGUCAACAUUGCGUGUACUUGAAAGAGCUAUCCCGGGAAUCACAGAUCCUAUGCUUUACAUUGGAAUGUUAUUCAGUAUUUUUGCUUGGCAUGUGGAAGAUCACUUCCUGUACAGCAUUAAUUAUCAUCACUCUGGCGCGCCAAAAACAUGGUACGGCGUGCCUGGCGAUUUUGCUCUUGAAUUCGAGAAAAUAGUCCUUGAUCAUGUCUACAGCCGCGAUAUUUUGCAACACGAGGGAGUGGAUGGGGCUUCUAAACGUCUUGCAGAGAAAACAACCAUGUUUCCUCCAAACAUAUUGCUUAAAAACGAUGUGCCUGUUUACAAGGUCUUACAAAUGCCAGGAGAGUUUGUCGUCACAUUUCCAAGAGCAUAUCAUUCUGGAUUUAGCCAUGGAUUCAACUGCGGCGAGGCUGUGAAUUUUGCAGCUGGUGAUUGGUUUCAUUUUGGGGCUCAGGCUAGUCAGCGGUAUGCGCUUCUACGAGUUACACCAACCAUUCCAUAUGAGGAACUUGUGUGUAAAGAAGCGAUGCUUUUGUACGAGUCUCUAAAACAUGAUGAAGGUCUAGAUCACUACUCAGCCGCAGAUUUCACCUCUCACUUCUCGAUCAAACUUUCUUUCGUGCGUCUUGUUAGAUUCUAUGAGCGAGUGUUCUGGCGCUUAAUUAGUCAUGACACUCUGACGAGUCUGUUGAGCUUCUGGCCAACUUCACAAGGAACCAUAAUAUGCAACCUUUGCAAAUCUGAUUGUUACUUGGCAUGCAUGAUGUGCAAUCGCUGUUAUUCUUAUUCCAUCUGCCUUAACCAUGUUUGGGAUGCGGAGACUCAUUGGGUUGAUUGUUCAUCAUGUAUUGGGAGCAAAUGUACAGUAGUCUUCAUGAGAGAGGACAUUUCAGCAUAUGAAGAAGCAGCGAAAAGGUUUGAGCAAGAGGAGCAAAUACUGAGGGAAUUAGUUCAGCAAGAAACAAAGGGAUCAUAUUCAUUAUACGCUAAACACAAAUAUUGUCUCAAGAGUACUCAUAUAACUAAUAAUAAUCCAACGGAUAAUGAGUAUGAUGCGCUUUGUGGGGUAAGUUUCUCAACUCAUCCAUGA